AACACUUAUUUGACCGGUCAUGGUAGGUUUAACGUUAAUGCAAUAAUAGGAGUAAAAAGCCACAUAUGCCACUAUUCCCCGAAUGAAAUUUAUAUGAGUUAUAAAAAGAAGUUGCACUCGAAAGUUGUGCGGGUUGUUAAGGUGCAACGAUUUCGAGGACUCUCUUCACCUUGAAAUUACAGCCGGCAUGAAAGGUUGCAAUUUGAUCGCUCUCUGCUUCAUUCUAAUAUUCAAGAUCAGUUAUUUUCAAUGCCUGAAUUUCACCACUCCUGAAAAUGAACGCCAUUUUCAUAGGUAUGCUGUACUCCGAAUGGUCCCUAUGGAUGAAAUGCAACUGGAAUUGCUGAAGGCACUAAAAGAGAUGGAUGAAAAAUAUGAGCUAGAUUUCUGGAAGGAACCCAGUUCUAUCAACCAGGCAGUGGAUGUGAUGAUUCCCCCUGCAAAUAUUCCUCUCAUCGAGCAGUUUUUGAUGACUCAUAGAAUCCCGAGAACAGUUCUCAUAAAUGACGUGGAGAGCUACGUAAGAGAAGAGAAAAUGGAAAUAUUUUUUCGCCAAACUGAUCGACAGGGCAAUGCGUUUUUUUCCAGCUAUCGACGCUUGAACGAAAUCCACGAGUUCGUAGAUAAACUUUCCGAAGAUUAUCCAAAUAUAACAGAGGUCAUUUCGGUUGGAAAAUCUUCUGAAGGAAGGGAUCUCAAGGCUAUUAAAAUUGGAAGCAAAACAUCCACUAAAUCCUCUAAAUCUGCCAUUUGGAUUGAUGGAGGUAUCCAUGCGCGGGAAUGGAUCAGCCCAGCUACAGUAACCUACAUUGCUUACAGA